GCGGUGAAGGCAAGUUGAGCUUGCACUUUGUUUGUAUCUACUUUAAAGAUGAAAUUCUUUUCGGUUGCCUUCCUGUUCGGUGUUUUGGCUCUCGCCAGCGCCACCCCUCUGAACCCAGGCAAUGUUAUUAUCAAUGGAGAUUGUCGGGUCUGCAAUGUGCACGGCGGAAAAUGAGAUAAAAAUACGCUAUUGGCUGAUCAAAUGUGCAUAUAAACAGAUCAAUAAAUAAUUUCUUAUCAAUUUUCGAUUGGACUUCUAGAAAUAUGAAUUUCCAUGCUAAUCUAUGUGACUGUUAAAAUAUAAAUUCCGAUUUAAUCUCUGACCUAA